GUAUGAUCCACAAAUGCAUGACGCCGACACUUUGUGAGUGAUUAAAAGGAUCAUCAUAAUGAAAAUCUGGCAUCAGAUGCCGGUAUAAAAUGAAUGGUGGUUUGAUUUUCAAGGAGCGCAGAUCAGCACAUUUCAUGCACAAGUUUCACUGCGUAUGCAGAUUGUCGUCUUCGUAUGCUUGUUGACCAACUGGAUUAGCAAUAUAAUUAUUAUCUUUUCUACUGGUCAGUCGAUUACUUGCUGCUUGUAAAACGCUCGGAAAUCGCCAUGGAGAAAACGGUUAUCUUGUUUCACUUUUGUGUUGUAAUUAUCACUGUGAUCGGCCCCAAAUAUGUCGAAGCGGAAAAUUGUUACGUCUGUAGCCAAAUACUGCCACAGGGAGAUUACACAGCGCCAGUGGACUGCCGUGAUAUGCGCAAUGCGGAAAGGCGGCAAUGUGGAAGCGGAAGUAGUGGAUGUUAUACGUUCAGAGGAUUUCAAAAGAUAGGCGACCGAGUCCUCUCUGACGGUGUUCUCCGUCUCUGCAACGAUCAGAACACCCGUCAGAUGUUCAACCAACAAAGCAGCUGGUUUUGGCCGGUGCAAUCGCAACAACAACAGUCUACUAGCUGCAGCUCCAUCAGUAUCAGCAAAGCCAGUACGAUGGGCGCCAGUGUCCAGUUGAAUGGUCAGUUGUGCUCGUGCAGCGGGGAUUUCUGCAAUACCGAUACGCCGGUAACCGGUGCCACUGGGUUGACGGGAACGUCGGGCAAUUACGUAUACUAUUCCGGAUCAGCAACGGUCAGUCCGUGGAAGGGUUUAUGGCUUUCCGCAGGACUGCUCAUUCCUAUCGUGCUUUUCCGGCAUUGAUCUUGCGUGCGACUCGACUCGUAGUUUUGUUGGCUUCUUUUCACCAGUCGUGUCGUAUAUUACGAUACGGUUGAAUGUAUUGUGUUGUAAAAAUUAUUCAUCAUGUUGUAUGGUACGGUGUCAGCGUUCCUCGAUUUUUCUGAUUACAUGGCUUUUGUCGCCGUGAGUUCAUCAACGCAAAAAUUCGCUCUGAUUCUCGUUUCUUAUUUUCAUUGAACGGAGUUUCAGUUUCUUUGUUGAAAGUCUGCGCAAUUUGAUUUUGCUUGCGGUUGCAAGGCCCCAGCUUUCAAAAUGCUUUCAUUGCUUUCGUGACCUUUAGCUGCUUCAGAACAGUUAUUCCAGUACAAACUGAUUCUGAGCACCGUACUUUCUAUUGAAUUUCGCAUAAGAGUACUGGUCACGAUACUUGAGCCUAUAUUUGUGAUUUAUUUUUUUUUCUUUAA